AUGAUGAAGCACUCGAAUGUGAAGCAACAUCAGUGUAACAUCUGUGAACGCUUCUAUCAUACCACCUCUAGCCUGGCGGCACACAUGCGCACGCAUGCCGAGGACAAGCCGUAUAAAUGCGAUCAAUGCGGACGCAGCUAUGCGGCCUUCGAUCAUCUACGUCGCCACAAGCAGACGAACACCGGGGAGCGGCCGAAUGCGUGUUAUUUGUGCGACAAGGCGUACUGUGAUUCUUACUCGUUGCGGCAACAUAAAAUCAGUCAUUCGGGCGAAAAGCCCUUCAAGUGCGACAAAUGCAUGAAGGCAUUCCCAACCAAGAAUCGCCUCAAUAGCCAUAUGCGUGUCCAUAAUAAGGAGGCGCCCGUCACUGCCACCAUCAGCAGCAGCGUCAGCGGCGGCGGCGGCGGCACAACCAAUAGCUCAGCACAGUCCCAAUCGCAAUUCUCGCCGUCGCAGCAACAGCAGUCGGAACGGUUAACGACGGUCGCUAGACGUCGCACGGUGAUGAGCGGAAGCACAAUGCCUGAUGAUCACAAAAGAAAGGCCCUGAAGUGCACUGGAAUGGACGAGGCAACGAAUGCUGAAGAUCUUGCUCAAAGCAUGAUGACCCAAUUUAGGGAAUCGGGAGACCGGAAGUGCAAAGCCUUCGAAUGA